AUGGUCGGCGCCCAUAAGGAACUCUCUGGCCGUCUCGUGCACCAUCUGUACCUUUCCAAAUUUGUCAACGACAACAAGCUGGCCAGAAAGGGCCAUGCCCAGAGUAUCACCCUCAGCCUUCUCGCCGCGCUGCUAGGUCUCAAAGCUCCCCUCAGGCUCCGUUCUCGCGGUAAUGACAAGAAGAACCUCCUUGUCAGCGAUCUGUCGAGACUCGCCGAAGCCAACAACUUGGGCAACUUCGACACCAACCGCAUCAAGCCUCUCCUAAACGCAAUCCUCUCCGACCAUCCCGGCGAUGCCCUCAUCUGGGACCGAGUCUACGACGCCGUCCUACUCGCUGCGCUGGCCGACUGCAUUGAGGAGCAUGAGUCGUUGUGGCUGAAGGCCGAGCUCCUUCACCGAAACAUCUCCGUCGGCAAUCUCAUGAUUAGCAAGGACAACGGUGGGUUUCUGAUCGACUCGGAUCUCGCCAUCAACAAGGAGCGUCUUGCAGCCUCGGGGGCCAAGGGGAAGACCGGGACAAGAGUCUUUAUGGCCAGUGGGGCCCUUUUGGGCGAGCAGCACUCGUUCAUGCACGACCUCGAAUCAUUCUUCUGGGUGCUGUUCUGGAUAUGCAUCCACUAUGACAACCAUGGCAAUGGCAGGGUUGUUGAGCCGUUCGAUGGGUGGAACUACCUGGACACGGAGAAUCUGGGAAGCAACUACGCCAUCUAUGUGAGCAACAAUGCCUACAACAUCAAAACCGAGCAGGAGGUCAGCUGGUAA